ACCAAUAACACAAGUAGCAGAAAGCGCUGCAGCAGCAGCAAGCAGAGACACAGCUGCAGCAGGAGUAGCUGCAGCAGCUAUAGCCGCAGCAGCAACAACCGCAGCAGCGACAAACGUAGCAGCAGCAAGCGUAGCAGCAGCAGCAGCAGCAGAUGCAGCAACAGAAGGAGAGGAUUCGUCUGCCACUGCAGCAGAUAGGCGUGCAGCAGACAGAAGAAAUGAAACUGCAGCAGCAACUGCAGCAGCAACUGCAGCAGCAACUGCAGCUGCAGAUGAUGCAGGAGCAGCAACGGGAGCAGCAAAGGCAGCAGAUGAAGCCGCAGAUGCAGCAGCAGCAGAUACAGCAGCAUCAGAUACAGCAGCAGCACCACCAGCAGCUGCAGGAGAUGCAACAGCAGCAGCAGAUGCAGCAGCAACCGCAGCAGAUGGAACAGCAGCUGCAGCAACAGAUGCAACUGCAGCAACAGAAGCAGCUGAGGCUGUAUCUGCUGCCGCGACGCAGCAGCAGAAGCGACGGCGGCGGGCAAAGCAGCAGCAGCCACGAAAGGAAGCAGUAGCAACAGCAGCAGCAGCAGCAGCUGAUGAGGCUGCUGCCGGCGGCUUCAAUGCGGUAACAACGAAGCAGCAACAGCAACUGCAACAGGAGCAGCAGCAACAAAUCAGUGAGCAGCAAGGCUCCCCGCAGCCGCAGCAGCAGCAACAGGAAGGCCACCAGCAGCAGCUGGAGCAGCCAGACCGGCAGCAGCAGCAAGCUUCGCCGCUCGAGACAGAUCAGCAGCAACCGCCACAGCAGCUGGAGAAAGCUCUACUGCAGCAGCAGCAGCAACUGCAGCGGCAGCAGCAGGAACAGCAGGAGCAGCAACACGAGCAGCAGCAGCAGCAGAUCCCGCAGCAACCGCAGGACCAAGACCUGCAGCAGGAGCAGCAGCAACAGCCACCGCAGCAGCAGCAGCGCAAGCAGCCAAAAGACUCGCAGGUGCAUCAGAACUCCCAGGGGCAGGAGCAGCAGGAGCAGCAGGAGCAGCAGCAGCAGCAGCAAGAGCAGCAGCAGGAUCUACAACAUGAACAGGAUCAACAGCAAAAUGAGCUGAAGCAGCAACAAGAAAAGCAGCAGCAACAGCAGCAGCGGCAGCGAGGCCGCCAGCGGCAGCGGGAAGUGCAGCAACAAGCGCAGCAGCAGCAUCAGAAGACAAAGGAGAAUGACGAGCAGGAAAAGCAGCAGCAGCAGCAGCAGCAUCAGGAGCAGCAACAGCAGAAGCAGCAGAUGCAGGAGCAGCAGCAGCAUCAGGAGCAGCAACAGCAGAAGCAGCAGAUGCAGGAGCAGCAGCAGCAGCAGCAGCAGCUGCAGGACAAGGAGGAGGAGCAGCAGGAGCAGCCUCAGCGGCACCAGGAGCAGCAGCCGCAGCAGCAGCACCUGCUGCUCCAGCAGCAGCAGCAGGAGCAUGCAGCAGCUGCUGCAGCAGGGAACGAAGUCGGCCGUCCGGAAGGCAACGCAUCUGCUGCUGCCUCUCCGGCGAUCGCUGGCUCCGACGCUGCUGCUGCUGCUGCUUCUGCUGCUGCAGCAGCUGCUGCAGCGCAGUGCCCCUCCGCUGAUGCAUCCUCUGAUGCAGGCCCUGCAGCGCAAGCUGGUGCUGCAGUUGCUGCUGAAUCGGCCAGCGAGCACAAUGAACAGCAGCAGCAGCAGCUACCGCUGGAAAGCAGCGGCAGCAGCAGCAGCAACGACAACAGGAAGAAGCGCGUCACUGAAGGCAAAGAUGCUGCAGCAGCGCCUAAUGCAGAAGCAACAGAAGCAGCAGCAGCAGCUUCUGCUCCUGCGGCAGAGCCCCCGCGGAAGCGCGGCCGCUGUACUCCACUGCAACCUCCUUCGCCUGUAGCAGCAGCAGCAGCAGCAGCAUCAGCAGCAGCGGCGGUGCCGAGAACCCCUGGAGCGUCUGCACCCGAAGCAGCCAUGUCAACGCCAGCUGCUGCUGCUGCUGCUGCUUCGGCUGCUGCUGCUGCUGCAUCUGAAAAGUGGGUGAGGCCGCUGCGCAGCAGUGGAGGCAGCACGGGGGCCCGGAGGAAGCACGGCAGCAGCAGCAGCAGCAGCAGCCGAUUUUCACGUUUUGUGGCUUCUCUUGAACAGCAGCAGCAGCAGCAGCAGAUGCUCCUGCAGAAAACGCCGCAGCAGCCGCGGCAGCAGGAGCCGCAGCAGCAGCAGCAUCGUCAGCAACCGCAGCGGCAGCAGCUGGAGCAGCAGCAGCAGCAGCAGCAGCAGCAGCAGCAGCAGCGUGCAGAUUAUAGAGGAGGCGCCAAUUCCUUACAGUCGUCCUCCGCUGCUGCAGGUGACGCAGCAGCUUCUCCCUUCUACUUAAGUGCUGCUGCUUCGGCAGCAGCAGCUGCAGCAGCAGCUGCAGCAGAUGACACGGCAGCAACGCAGUCCUUGCUGCAGCGUCGCCGUGCUGCUCCUCUCCUUCACCCGGGAUCACAACAGCAGCAGCAGCAGCAGCAACAGCAGCAGCAGCAGCAGCAUCAUUCGAGGCCUGCGCACAGUGACGGGCCCAUGCGUGCUGCUGCAGCUCUGCAGCAGCAUCUGAAGCUGCGAGGUGCUCCAGCUGCGAAGCAGCAGCAGCUGCAACAGCUGCAGCAGCAGCAGCAGCAACAGCAGCAGCAGCAGCAGCGGCUAGAGUGGUGGAUGGGUAUUGGCUGGCUAACUCUAAGGAACUCCCGUCUAGGGCAGGGCACAUUCGGCAGCGUUUACGAGGCAGAGUGGUCGAGGGAGGUGCAGCAGCAGCAGCAGCUCCUGCUGCAGCAGCAGCAGCAGCAGCAACAGCAGCAGCAGCAGCUCCUGCUGCAGCACACGCAACUCCAACUGCAACACAGAAAAAACACGCCAGAGAUGAAGUGGAGACAGCAGCACCAGCAGGAACAGCAACAGCAACAGCAACAGCAGCAACAGCAGCAGCAGGCUACAAGUAGGCGUAGAGGCUCUCGGGCUAAGCAAUCUGCAGCAGCAUCCCCGCGCAGCAGCAGCGGAACUACCAACAGCAGCAGCAGCAGCAACAACAACAAUAACAACAGCAAUAACGAGAGCAGCUUAAGCCCCAUUGCAAGACAAACAUCAGCAGCAAGCACCAGCAGCAGCAGCGCCAACAGCAGCAGCAGCAACAGCAGCAGCAGCAACAACAACAGCAGCAGCAGCAGCAUUAGCUGCAGCAGCUGCAGGCAUGUUGCUGUGUGUCCGCUUGCUUUAAAAGAGUAUAAAACUAUGUUUGCUGCUCCUUUUCAGUUUCUGAGGGAGGAGGCGCUGAUGCAGCAUUUCAAUGCACACGUAAUCCGCCCAAUAGCGACCCGCAGCUAUCGCGAGCAGCAGCAGCAGCUGCAGCAGCAGCAGCAGCAGCAGCAGCAGGGAACCACACGAGUGUUUCAGCUCCUCAUGCCUAGAGCCCUUGGAGAUCUCCAGGUGCUGCUGCGCCGCCUCAUUGUUAGAAGAGCAAAAGCAAAACUCGUACUUGCUUGGUAUGCAGCGCAGCAGCAGCAGCAGCAGCAACUGCAGCAGGAACAGGAGCAGGAACAGCAGCAACUGCAGGCGGAGAGACAGCAAGAAGAGACCCCAGGAAGCGGUACGGAAGCAACAGCAACGCCGCCUGCAGCAUCAACAGCAGCAGCAGUAGCAGCAGCAGCAGCAGGAGAUACACCCGCAACAAACACUGCAGCGAAUGUACCUCCAGGAAGCAGAACCGGCAACAGCAGCAGCAGCAACAACAACACCAGCAGCAGCAAUAACAGCCACAGCAGCACCAGCAGCACCAGCAGCAGCAGCAGCAGCAGCAGCAGCAGCAGCAGCAGCAGCACGGAGCUGCCUAGUUUGGAGUGUCUGUGGCGUGCUUAUGGCUCUGUGGGGCCGUGCGGCCUGACGGAGUUUGAAGCGAAGUUUGUUGCUGCGCAGCUGCUGCAGGGAGGGGCAUUUCUGCACUUCUGCUGCUCUGCUGAGGUGGUGCGCAUAGUGGAUGUUAAGCUGUCUAAUAUCCUAAUAUUUGCUGAAGAGAAGAACUUAGGGAGGCCUCUCUCUUGGCUUGUCUGCCUUGCUGACUUCGGCUCCGCCAUCGUCUGCAACCCCAGAGAUCACCUCAGGGCAUCUACACCUUGGAAAGGAGGCCAAGAGGAGAAGCGCGCCGUCUGGGAGAAGCAGGUUCGGCAGCAACUGGUUUCUCUUAACCAAGGCACCCUCUACUCCAACGCCCCUGAAGUGCUGCGCGUAGAUGAGAGAGGGCUGCUGCGGCAGCAGCAAGACCCAGAGAAGAUUCUGUCUAACAAACGUCUGCUGCUGCGAUCUGCUUCAUCUGCUGCUGCUGCUCCUGCUGCUGCUGCUGCUUCAACCACAAAGGAAAAACACCUCCCAGCUCGAGCGCCACACGAUGCAGCAGCUGCACACAAAAGAGCAGCAGCAGCCGCAGCAGCAGCAGCUCGCGCUCCUGCUGCUGCUGCUGCUGCUGCUGCACCUGCUGUCUCUGGCGAUUCUGCUAAGACUGCAAGUGCUGCAGCAUCUGCUGCAGCUGCGGCAGGCGAGGGAGAGAGCCGCUGCUGCCCUACAAAGAACCCGCCCCCGAGCAGUAGACCCAACAGCAGCAGGAGCAGCAGCAGCAGCAACAGCAGCAGCAGCAGCAGCAGCAGCAGCAGGAAUCGAACGCACACAGGGGAAGAGGCUGCGAUUCGCCUGAAGGCGCAGCUAAGCGAUGUUUGGAGCUUCGGAAUUACCCUCUGCGAGUUAGUUAAAGGCGGUGGCUGCUGCUGCCCCACAAGCAGCAGCAGCAGCAGCAGCAGCAGCAGCAGCAGAAAGUGUCUGUGCCAAACAGCAGAAGGGUCUCUUCGGUUUGAAGAGGAAGAGAGGGAGGCGAGGCGCAUCCUCGCGGAGUUGCGGGCAGCAGAGGAACGCAAAGCAGCAGCAGCAGCAGCUGCUGCUGCUGCUGCUGCUCCUUCUGCUGCUCCUGCUGCUGCUGAAGAUGCAACGGCAGAGGCUGAGCCCCAACCUGCAGCAGCCUCCCCCGAACAUGAGACGGAGGGGGCACUACCAGCAGCAGCAGCAGCACCUGCUGCUGCUGCUGCUGAAUCCAGCCAUGCUGCUGCGUCGCCAGACAAUGGUGAUGCCUCUGCUGCUUCUGCUGCAGCUGGUGCUGCUGCUGGUAGAGGUAGGAAGGGUCAGACCUCUGCUGCUGCCGGCAGACGCACAGCACGCAGCGCCUCCCAGAGAAGUGCUGCUGCUGCUGCUACUGCUGCUGCUCUGCCAGCAGCUGCUAAGAAGCGGAAGGCCUCCAGUGCAGCUUCGGCUGCUGCUGCAGGAAGCGCAAGCCCGCCGGCAGCAGCAGAAACAGAAGGAAAAGCAGCAGCAGCUUCGCUCUCACCAGGAAAGAAGAGAGCAACAGCAGCAGCAGCAGCAACAGCAGCAGCAGCAGCAGCAGGAAGAGCGGAGGAUGCUGCGGAUGGCGAUUCAGCAACCAGCAAAUGCGUCGCCAACAGCAGCAGCAGCAGCAACAAAAACAACAACGUCAGCAACAGCAGCAGCAAGAACAACAGCGCCACCAGCACCAGCAGCAGGAGCAGCAGCAGCAGCAGCAGCAGCAGCAGCAGCAAGUUGUGUUUGCCGCCUUGCAUAAUGCGCUGGGUUGCUGAAGAUGAAAAGCAUCGCCUGUUUUGGUGCGCAGUUAAUCAACUACUCGCACACCUCGGCUUAGGCCUCUUCCAUCCCCCUAGGCAGCGCCAGCAGCAGCAGCAGCAGCAAAAGCAGCAGCAGCAGCAGCAGCAGCAGCAGCAGCAGCAGCAAAAGCAGCAGCAGGAACUACAACAACACCCGCAGCAUCACAAGCAGCAGGAACAGCAGCAGCAGCAGCGGCUACUGAAACAGGAGCAGCACCAGAAGGAGCAGCAGCAGCAGCGGCAACCGAAACAGGAGCAGCAGCAACAGCAGGUGCAGCAGCAGCAGCAGCAGCAGCAGAAGCAAGAUCAGCCUUCUGCUGCUGUCGGGAUUUCUUCGGAGGAGAUGCUGCAGAAGGCAAUAAGCGGUUUGGCGUCGUCCUCUCAGCAGCAACACGAGCAGCAGCAGCAGCAGCAGCAGCAGCAAAAGCAGCAGCAGCAAAAGCAGCAGCAAAAGCGGGAUGAGGGCGAGCCUGAGCCGUUAUGGCGGUUGCUGCGAGCAGCAAAUGCAGCGCAGCAGGAGCAGCACUUUGCUGCAUUAGAAGACGCGUGGGGCCCUGUGUGGGGUGUACGUGGAGGUGAUGCUGGGGUGUAUAGGCACCCUGAUGAUAAACUGCUGCGGCGCCUCGUACUCAGUCUUCUCCUCUCCAGACAGCUGCACCAAACUUGCUCUGGAAACGCCUCUGCCAGGGCUGCUGCACUGCAGCGUCAGCAGCUGCUGCAGCAGCACAGCCGCUGCAGCAGCAGCUUCUGGUGUCUCCUCUCUCACCUCUUGGCUUUCGAGCCGCAGCAGCGUCUCCUUCUUCCUGAAGCUCUCGGACACCCCUGGUUUAGCCCCGAACAGCAGCAGCAGCAGCAGCAGCAGCAGCAGUCUGGAUUGAUUAAGGAAGUGGAAGCACCACCGCACGCAACUGCAGCAGCAGCAACAGAAGCAACAGCAGCUGCAGCAUCUGCUGCAGCAGCUGAAGACACUCAGUCCACCCUUACUCACCCCGGCUCUGCCGCUACCGGGAAACAUACCUCCAGCAGCAGCAGCAGCAGCAGCAGCAGCAAUGUGUUUGAACUGAUAGACAGCCUUCCUGGUUAUUUGUCAUUUCACCUUGAAGCUGAACACGACGGCAGCAGACCGCUGCGCCUGCGAUACAAUGUACCUCCAAAAGGGCCUCCGCAGCAGCAGCAGCAGCAACAACAGCAGCAGCAGCAGCUGCAGCAGCAACAGCAGCAGCAACAACAGCAGCAGCAGCAGCUGCAGCAGCAACAGCAGCAGCAGCAAAAGGGCGCUGGUGCACUGCCGGCACGCCAUGCAGCAUCAGCUGUUCGAGGCGAAACUUCCUCAGCAGCAGCAGAUGAAGGUUCAGCAGCAGCACCAGAAGCAGCAGCAGCAACAGCAGAAGGAGCACCAGAAGAAGAAGCAGCAGCAGCAGCAGCAACAGCAGCAGACGCCACCCUCUACGGCCAGUACGGCAGCGUACAAAGGAAACCUCACGCCUGGUUUUGUGGGGCCCUCUUUGGCGUGCAGCAGCAGCAGCUGCUGCUGCUUAACCGCCAGCAGCAGCAGCAGCAGCAGCAACAGCAGCAGCAGCAGCAACAGCAGCAGCAGCAAGAAGGGGCUGAUAACAACGAUAAGGAAAACCAAAAGAUAGACAGGGAGACAGACAACACUCUCACUCAUGAACCAGAGCAGCAGCAGCAGCCCCUGGAGCAGCAACAAGAGCAGCAGCAGCAGCAACAGCAGCAGCAGCAAGAAGAGCUGGAGCAUCGGAGUACGCAGCAAUGUAGCGGUCGACCCGCCAGCACCACCACUAGCACCAGCACCAGCAGCAAGAGCAGCAGCAGCAGCAGCAGCAGCAGCAAACUGAGCAGCAGGGAAGACAUCGCCCCUUGGAAGUUUGCUGCAGUGCCGCCUAUGGUGCUCUCUAUAGCGCAGCAAGAAGCAAAGGUGCUGCAGCAGGUUGAGGAGCAUAUCUACAGCAGCAGCGGUGUGCUGCUGCGGCUGCUGCUAGCAAUGAAACAGCAGCAAAAGCUUAGCUGGAAGGAGUGCUGCUCUUCUGCUGCUGCACACCACCUGGGACGUCUGCUGCUGCGCUAUAGAGCAGUUAAGAGAAAACGCAGCAAAGCAGCAGCAGCAGCAGCUGCUGCUGCUGCUGCAGCCGAUGCGAAGCAGCAACUGCAGCAGCAGCCACAUAUGCCACGAAAUCCGCCCAGUGCAGAACACACGAAUAACUCUAGCAGCAGCAGCAGCAGCAACUGCAGCAGCAGCAAAACGAAGCGCCCCUUGCAUGCAGCGGAUUAUCCCGAGGCUGCAAGUAUUGUCCAAAGCAGCAGCAGCAGCGCAGCAGCAGCAGCAGCAGCAAAGAGGCAGCGCACAGGUGCAGCCGCAGCAGUACUCUCUGCAGAGCCACCGGCCUGUUGA